AAUGCUACCCCGCCACCCCUCCCGCCUAUCACCACACACUCAAGGACACGCGCACAGCUAAAGUCCUCGAACUGGGCGUGCUGCCAGAUUCAACAAGCACACAACUAACUGCAGUAUACCAUUGACACAAUCAGCUAACAUCAUGGUAGAUAGUGAGAAAGUAUUGCAGUCUAUCAUUGAAAUAGCAACAUGCCCUGUUUGUUAUACCCGACUGAAUGUCUCAUCCGCUCUCUGUGUUAAUGGUCACGCGGUCUGCUCUGACUGUGAUGACAACCUCAGCCAGUGCCCCAUCUGUAGCGCAAACUUCUCCCAGGAGAAACACACCAUCCUCUCACAGAUUAUUGCCAGCUUACCUUCUAUCUGCAGCCACAAGGGCUGCUCUCUUUUAACAAUGGACUUAGAAUACCACGAGAAAUGGUGUGGAUACAGACCUACCAAUUGUGUACGGUGUUCGUGGUCUGGACAAGCUAAAGAACUGAAAACUCAUGUUACAAACAAUCAUCAGCUGGCUUCAACAAACAUUGAACGAACUUGUUUCUUAUUCCAAGGUAACAUUAAUCGAUCAUAUGCGAGGGUUCAGUUCGGUCAGGUUUUUUGGGAAAAAACUAUGAGCAAUUCCAAACUCAAGACAUUUUCCAUACAACUUAUUUGGGUGCCCAAUGGGGAGAUAGAAGAAGAUGUAUUUCAGAUGAAAGUUGAGUUUACAUCAAAAGAAAAAUCAUAUGUUGCAAACACCAAAAUAAAGUUUGUCCCAAAAGACAGUGCAGACACUGAAAACAGUCUUAUAUUUCAUACAGACAUAUUGAAACACUAUGAAGAAAGUAACAUUUUGACAUACAAAUUGUAUCUUACAAAAGAAUAAAUCCAACUUUUAUACACUUUAUACUGACUAACAUAUUGUGACUCAAUUUGUUAUACAUUGACAUACGCAUCCUAUUAAAAACUUUGAAUGUAUUCUAGUAAAAUUAAAGUGCACUAAUCUGACAAAUAGAUAUUGUUGCUUUACAACAUUAAAUGUUGGUAACUUAAUGUAAAUCUCCAAAAGUACAUUGCAAUAAGAUUUAUUCAUUGCUCUUUGGACAAAUACUUCUGCCAAUAUCUUUUAAAUAUUUACAAAGCAGCCAUUUAUGUUCUUGAUGUUAAAUAUAUGAAGGCUGUUGAUUCUUAAAAAUUGUAAUUUUCAAGAUUAUGGUUACUGAAAAUUAAACGCUACAUAGUAGAAUAUUUUAAAAUUGGUGUUAUAACACAACUAUGGACAGUUUUUAAUUUUUAAGACAGUUAUUUAGUUAUUUCACCUCUAUUAUAACUUCCAUUAGUUACUUCGCCUCGAUUAUACAUAGUAUAAGAAGAUUAUAUAUCAUUUGAAUAAAUAUACUAUUAUUCAGUUUAACUAGAACAGAUUUUGCAUUAUUCAAUGUAUAAUGAAUGUAUUUUAAUUAUUAUUUAUGAAAUGAAAUUAUACAAUUGCAAACUUGGUAUGAAUUAAAUAAAAAUGUUUGAAUUACAA